CGUCAUCGCUCCCACAUCGAGAGAGCUCGCGGGCUGGAGAGCACACUGCCAUGAACUUCGGAGCGUAACUUUGCCGUUUUUCUUGCUUUUCGGACGGGUUGGGAAACUAAAGCGACAUACACGUUUUUUCUUCAUCGAAACGAGCAACAUUCGGAUAAUUUAGUUGCACGUUCUUGUCCUUUUCCCCUCGUUUAACCAGUAUGGCGUCGUCGGCGGCGGUCGCUGCCUCGCGCAGGCAGUCGUGCUAUUUGUGCGAUCUGCCGCGUAUGCCGUGGGCGAUGAUCUGGGAUUUUACCGAAGCCGUGUGUCGCGGAUGCGUCAACUACGAGGGAGCGGACCGGAUCGAAUUCGUCAUCGAGACCGCCCGACAGCUGAAGCGGGCGCAUGGCUUCCAGGAGGGCAGAUCCCCGGGACCGGUGGGCAAACCGGGAAAAGACAUGCAGACCCACAACCACACUGAACCGGGCUCGCGUCCGCCGCAACCGCUGGAUCGGUACCCGCUCGCCUCGGACAGACCCCCUAGACUGGGUCCGGAGUAUCAGGCUGCGCGGCACGCGAACGGUAUUCCGCUGCCGAACGGAUUCCCGAAGCCCGACGAACCGCCAGAGCUGAAUCGCCAGAGCCCAAACCCCCGUCGGACCGGCGCCGUGCCGCCCAACCUGGUGCCGCUGGUAAACGGGACCCUGCCUCCGGUGCACGCGCUUAACGGGAGGUCCGUUCAGAUGGGGAUCCCGUCGGGCGCGCUCGCUGCGGAGCAUGUGGGAAAGCGUUCGGACGACAUGAAGGACAAGCACCGCGCCGACAGCAUGAGCGACGCGAGCGAAGCGCACAGACGCGUUGAGGACUGGACGCAGAAGGGCAAAACGGUUCGAGACCUGAUGGCGCUGGACUCGCGCUUCAAGAAGGAGCACGCGGCGCUGCACAGGAUGGGAUACGAGAGCGGCUCCAGUGCAUUAAAAACAGACCGUGGUAAACACUCUCGAGGCAUUAAAAGGAAAACCUCUCCUGAGCCAGACGGUGAGAGCACUGCGGCCAAACUCAACGGUGAGUCUCAGCCGUGGCUGCCGUCCCCGUCGGAAGUGCUUAAGAUUCCCUCCGCGGCCCUGCCUGGUUUUGCGGCCGCUCCCCCCUCGACCAUCUCCCCGCAUUCCCGAACCACUCCCCCCGAGGCGGCCACUGCCGCGCAAAACGGACAGUCGCCCAUGGCCGCCCUCAUCUUAGCCGCGGACAACGCUGGCGCCGGCACGGGAUCGCCCAAAGACGCUAAUCAAGUACACUCCACGACCUCGCGCCGAAACAGCGGGAGCCCCCAGUCGCCCUCCGCUGGGCAGAGGCGGCUCAACCAGAGGGACGGUCUGGGUGUGUCUGGCAACCCUGGCACGGCGGUGGCGCACGUGCUGGGCAUGGACCCGCAGGCCGGGCACCCGCAGAGCAUUCCAGACUCCUCCGUGCCCCCUGGCAGCGUGCCGCUGUGCUGCACCCUGUGCCACGAGCGCCUAGAGGACACGCAUUUCGUUCAGUGCCCAUCCGUGGCGUCACACAAGUUUUGUUUUCCGUGCUCUCGUGAGAGCAUCAAACAACAGGGGGCCACGGGGGAGGUUUACUGCCCCAGUGGAGAAAAAUGCCCGCUGGUGGGUUCCAAUGUGCCCUGGGCGUUCAUGCAGGGCGAAAUAGCCACCAUACUGGCUGGGGACGUUAAAGUGAAAAAGGAGCGGGACCCUUGAUCUUUCCUCUCUUCCUCCUGUUUGUUUAUUUUUUUCCAUUAACAAAACGACAACAAAGCAUAUACAAUUUCAAAUGAAUAUACUUUAAUUAUAAUGCAUUGCAUACCAUCCAAACGUGAACUAAUGGACAUAUGUACAUAUGACUUUAAGGGAUCUGUACACAUCGUAAACAUGGCUGUAUAAUUUUUUUGAUUUUCCCUUUUUUUGUGUUUCUAUAUAUUUUUUUGAAGAUUAAAUGUCCACACUAUAACAGACCCCAACCCCUCAGUGUAAUCGUAGAGCAGGUGGCAGUCCAUGUUAAAACACAGAAUGUGACUAAUACUCUUAAGCACUUGGCAAAAACUGAAACGCUUUUAGCUGUAUUGUAUGCACUUGUUUAAAAUUGCCAAAUACAAUUUCUGACCUUGUAAUAACAUCCUGCCGUGUGUGUGUGUGUGUUGUUGGUUAUUGUGCCUUGAGUCUUGGGAGGUGGAUGAAGGUCAGCGGGAGUUUGGAGAUUUUGUUCUGGUGCAGACUGGAGUUCAUUGCCUCAAUAAUGGUAACUGAUAUCAUCACAAUCAUUUGCAAAGCUAAGGUAACUGGAGAAUGCUCGAGUUUGGAAGAGAACCUCUCUUUAUUUUCCUAACACACGCAAGCUGCAACUUGUAUCACGCAUUGUUUUUGGACUCCAUGUGGAGUAACCCAAUGCUGCUGGUAAGAUGACGCUUCACGUCUAUUUAUACUCACUCGCUGGGAGCUCGUAAACAAUCUUUUCUUUGGCCUUUUUUGGAGGAUAAAGAGUCGCAACAUUAAACAUUAAAGAU